UCUCACCCAGUCCAAAUCACCAUGUUCAUGUAUAAAUAUGUAAACAUGUCUCCUUAUCGAUCAGCUACACAGUUCAAGAAUGAGCACCAACCUCAGCAUGAACCAGUUGGUUAAAUACACUGAUCAGGCCGAGAUUCAAGAUUUUAACCGCGAUGACAAUGCUUGGUUUACCUCGAUGCUUGACAAUAAUCACGCUCUGGGAGCGCCGUUGUCAGAGAAAGAGCUGAAGAUACGAAGUGAGCUUGAAAUGGAGGUGGAAAGGGACUUAGAACAAGAGAUUAAAGACGGAAUUUGCAAUCUUUCUCUUAGACUUCACAGGCUCUAUCAACGUCAGAAGGAGAGGCAGGUGAAAGAAGCAUCUGAAGAUAACAAAAGGAAAGCAUUUUCUGAGGUGAACAUCAGCAUAAAAAUGGAAGGGAAGACCAAAGUUGAAAUCAAAGAGACAAAGAAAGAAGCGACUGAAAAGGAUCAUCGACGUUGGUGGAUCAGUCACAGAUCAGAAGAUACGAAGCAAGUGUCUGGUCUCAAUGGAAAGAAGGUUGAUUGGGAGAAGACUCUGCGAGCGAGUUCAGGUACUGUUUCUGCAAACAAAAUAAAUGGAAACUAUAAGCGUGAAUCUGAUAAAGGAAGGUCAAAGAAUAAGGAAGGACGUCGUUCAUCACCGGGACAAGUAAAAGGAGAAGGGAAGGUGGAUCAGAAGCUUCUUCAGCUGGGAUGGAAGGUUUAACGAUUAAUGUUUUGGUCUGUGAAUAUUGUUACUGUUUGCGUGUGUGAUGAUUUUGCUAUGCUUACUUUAUGAUUACACGAGUGGAUUGGAAUGAUCGAUAACGUUUGUUGACCAAGAAAAGAAACAAGCAUGGCACCCAUGUGAUGUUUCUUGAUUGAAAUUGAAAUUAAUAAAAACAUUUUGGAGAUUUUUAAUAA